AUGAAAUCUGAAGAUAAUGAUAAUAUCCGUAAAUUUAAUAUUACAACUGAAAUUAUUAAACAAAUUAAUCCAUAUGAUUUUACUCCUAUAAAUAUAAAAACAAUUAGAAAAUUUUGCUACCUGGGGUUAUUACAAGCGAAAUAUCGCCCUCGAUGCUGGAAAAUUUUAUUGGGUUAUUUUUCAAGUAAUAAGUUUAAGAGUUCUUUGUAUUAUAAAAAGCAAAGACAAGCUUACAAAAGUUACUUAAAUGAUAUAGAAAAUACAGAAACUAGUUACUAUGAUGUUUUAGUAAAUGAUGUUACAAGGACAUUUAUUGAACCUGUACUUUUUUAUAAAAAAGAAACAUGUGCGUUUCUUGAUACAAAACAUAAAAAUAGUAAUCUUACGCAUCGAAGCAAAAUUAUAAGGAUUUUAAAAUGUUUUGUUCUACACAACAAAUCAGUAGGAUAUAUUCAGGGCAUGGUAAUGUUAUUAAUACCUAUUUACAAAGUAUUUAUUACAAGUGAUGAUAGUGAGGAUACAUUAUAUGCGGAAGAAGAUGCAUUUUACUGUUUCAACUAUCUAAUGUUAAACCUCUACGAAAAUUUUUUAUCUUAUAUUGAUAACGAACAGAACCUGAAAAUUUUAAUGUGUAACGUGUGGGACAUUUUAAAUAAAGUUGAUCCUGUGUUAUACACCUGUUGUGUAAAAAAAAGCAUACACGAGUCGCCUAUUUUUUUAAAAUGGUUAUUUUUUUUAUUUUCAACGGAAUUCAAAACUGAAGAAGUUAUUUGGUUAUGGGAUAGACUCCUUAGUGAUUCAAAUAGAUUUAAUAUACUUAAUUUUUGUAUUGUAGCAGUGUUUAGAAAUUUGCGCACAACAAUAUUAAAUGAUUCUUAUGAGCAAAUAAUGUAUUCUAUGCAGAAUAUCUCUUUAUUGGAUAUUAAAAGUAUAUUCUAUGAUGGUGAAACAAUUAGAUUGAGUUUGUGUACAUUAGAAGAAUAA